ACUAAUGCCAUUGAAAAGUUGAACUCAAGCAUUAUAAUGCACGAAACUUGAUCAGUGAUCACAAAAUGCAUACGGUCGCGAGAAUAUAUACGAGGGUGAGUCAAAAAUUAUCCGAACUUUUCGUUCUACAAUUUAUUUUUACAAAAAUGUGGGUUCACUAUGUACGUCAUUUUUCAACAUAGUCUCCUCCCUUGGCAAUGUACUUGUUCCAGUGCACAAGCUUGCGUAUACCUUCCGAGAAGGUUUUCGGUUGGUCGCAAAGCCACUUGCACCGCUUCCUGCAUGUCUACGUCUGUAGAAAUUUGACGACCUCGCAAAGCAUCCUUGAGCGGCCGAAACAGAUAAAAGUCGAUCUUCCUCCCUCCGACUUUUAUCUGUUUCGGCCGCUCAAGGAUGCUUUGCGAGGUCGUCAAAUUUCUACAGACGUAGACGUGCAAGAAGCGGUGCAAGUGGCUUUGCGACCAACCGAAAAUCUUCUUCUCGGAAGGUAUACGCAAGCUUGUGCACUGGAACAAGUACAUUGCCAAGGGAGGAGACUAUGUUGAAAAAUGACGUACAUAGUGAACCCACAUUUUUGUGAAAAUAAAUUGUAGAACGAAAAGUGCGGAUAAUUUUUGACUCAUCCUCGUAUAUUAUGUAUGCUGAUCAAGACGUCCAUACAGAACAAUAUGCAAAAGACCAUGAGCCAAGUCGCACUCUUCUCGCAUCUCUACCUAGUCAGAAAUAAGGCUGAUGGCAGACAACUAUCCGUAAGCGCUUAAGGACUUACGUUUUUCUCUGCCUUACCUUAAGUCUAUGGCUAUGUCAGUCCUUAAGCGCUUACGGAUAGCUUUGUCUGCCACCAGCCUAACUCGUCGAUCGACGUCGAAACGAUGUCGCGUCGACAUCGAAAUCGCCAUAUUAACGUCGAUUCGACAUCGUUUCGACGUCGAUCGACGAGUAAUUUCUGACUGGGUACUCUUAACCUAACCUAACCCUAUUUUUUAUUUCUCAGGUUAAUUAAUUAAGUAUCGAUAAAUAUCUGAAGACUUUUAUACUAACCUUGAUAUACACUACACAAAUAAAUAAAGCACUUUUUUCUUCUUACGUAAAUGAUACACUGCAGUACAAUUCUGCUUUUCGUUGUAAUACACGUGACAAUAAGUGUAAUAUAUGCGACCGACUACGACCGCUGACCGACGAGAAGUGACGAGAAGGUCGAGAAGUCGAGAAACAAAACAAACGCUUGCGUUUGGGGCUCUCUGUCCUUGUUCUGCACAGGCGCAGCGAGUGAGACUGCAGAGAGAGUGAAGCCAACGGCACACGAUAC